AGAACAAAGGCUACGUUGACCGUCAGAUCUCACCUUGCUCUUUACGAUUGUUAUACCUGUUAUUAUUAUUUUUCACCUUGCUCUCUUUUCAUUCGCAUUUCCCUCUCGGUUAUUGUUAUUCUUCUUCCUUUUUUUUUGCUGUGUACUCCUCUGUGUUGUCCUCGGCAGCCAGCAGUAAAGCGCGAACACCACAAUUGACUGGCCUCUUCGUUCGUCUUGCCCUCGCUUCUCAACUCCGUCGGUUUCGGAUCCCUGAAAGCAGUGGAGUGCUUUUCUCGGAAGGAAGGCUGGCCACGUGCAACGUGAAUUCCCACAUAUUUAGCAUCAUUAUUGCUGUUUCUGCUUACGUCACUUCUCUUAUUCGUCGGGGAGCGCUCUGUGCCGCGCUUCCACUCCGCCAAAGGAAAAAAGGGUGCGCGACACUACGCCGUAUUUAUGAUGUGCACUCGGAAGCCCGAAACACAAAACGUCCCCUUAUUAUUAUUAUUGUUGUUAUUAUUCAGCAAAUCUUGUGAAUGCCGUGCACGACGAACUGUGUGUGUGUGUGACGACGUCUCGCGAUGUCGCAUUGAAUCUGCAGUGGACCAACGACGUGGCCCUACCGCUGAAAGGUGUCGGGGUGGACCGCACCGCGGUGGCCAACGCAGUCCCCUGCCGCAACGCGCAGGGAGGCGAGGCGGCGAGGCUGCCAAAUGUGGAGGCCGAUGUGCAUCAGGUUUUCCCCACCACGCCCGCCAUCCCACCGCCGCCGCCGACGUCCACCGGCUCGAUGCAUGCGAUGCGCUUUUGGCACCGUCGCCUGCUGGCCCACCCCAUCUACGAACGCUGUGUCCGCUUCGUCCACCUUCGGUGCCCCACCACGCCCCCCACCGACAGCGCGGAGGCGGCGCAUGCGUGGAUGGCGUCGUGCGACCGUUGGUGGAACGCGCUGUCCGCUUUCGUGAGCCACACCUCCUCGCCGUACACGCUGCCGGCCGACAAGACGUGGAAUCCGUAUAGCUUCUCCAAGCCCGUCGUCUACACCCGGUCGCCGCCCGUCCGUCGGGAGAACGCCGGUGAACGCGUGGCGCUGGCUGUGUCGUCUGCGAAGCGCUCGCUGCCACCGCCGCUGUCGUACCACAUGGUGAUAGCCGAGUACCGCCUGAUCGCCAGCGAGGCGGAUGCGUUGCGCUCGUAUGUGGUUUGCCUGACGAUGUGGUGGCGCAGAGCGUGUCAGUGGGCGGCCGUAUCGAACCGUGAGUACGCCUGGAUAAGCCCGCCGCCGACCACUGGCGCGAACGCCGCAGAUUGGGCGGCGCUGUGCGAGCUGUGGCGCCGCUCCACCGUUGCGCUGCUUCGAGAGGAGGAGUACCGUACGAAGGCAGCUGAGUUGGAGGCGUUGACGGCUGCCUUUAAGCUGCAGCAGCGAAUCGAGCUGUCUUUCACGUCCAUUGACACGACACCGCCUUCGCAGCUCAAUCAAUUGCUCCAUUAG